AAAGGAGAGAACAAAUAAAUAAGGGAGCAAUUAAACGACGGCGUUUUCUGAAAAUUCCCAAUAUCUUAAUUUUCCUGUCCUCUUCCAAAAGCUGCGAUCAUAACAUCCCAUCAAAUUUCUCCGUUCAAUCUGCCACCGUCGCCGCCGCCGUAUUUGGUCGUUGCGCAAUCGCGUUUAUAUUUGGAGGUCAUCGGUCGAUCACGUGAUUCAAUUUCUGAUCGUCUCUGCAAGAAACAGUUGUGAAGGAGAGAGAGAAAAAACCUAAGAUAUAAUUAGAGAAAAUGGCUGUGAAUCCCCAACUUUACCCAAACGGGAUGCCUGUACCCUUCGUCAAUGAGAUAUUUGUCUUGGCCAGAGAUGGCGUCGAGUUUGAGAUCGACAAAAUCCCUGGGAAUCAAGGUGGGAAUGUUAAAGGCAAAGGAACCAUCUUCUUGUCAAAUAUCCGAAUGGUCUUCGUUGCAAGCAAACCUGUUGGGAAUUUUGUUGCGUUUGAUAUGCCCCUGCUCUAUGUUCAUGGAGAAAAAUUCAACCAGCCAAUUUUCUAUUGCAACAAUAUUUCUGGCCGU